GCUGUAAGUUCUCUGACAUUUGCAAAAUUACGAGUUCAUAAAUAGUAUGGAAGGAUUGAAUGUUGGAGCAGAUGAUGGCUUCGGGUUGGCUGAGGAAUCCACCAAUUCACACAAGAAGGAACUGGCAGCAGGUGGCUUUGCGAGUGAACAUGAGACUAUCCAGUCCUCAGCAGCGGCUGAUGAUCUCGAGAUGCACUAUGAAAUAAUCCCUGGUGCAUCUGGUCAACUACCUGGAUGGUAUUUUAAUGUUCUCCGAGAAUGGCCAGGGGAGGCAAAGCUCUACAAAAUAGAGAAGACCUUGUUUCAUGGAAAGUCAGAAUACCAGGAACUUUUUGUAUUUCAGUCGUCAAACCAUGGCAAGAUUGCCAUCCUCGAUGGAUCUCUUCAGCUCACCGAGCGGGAUGAAUUUGCUUACCAGGAAAUGCUCACUCACCUUCCUCUUUGCUCGAUUCCGAAUCCAAACAAGGUUCUGGUAAUCGGAGGAGGAGACGGUGGUAUUCUACGAGAACUAUCCCGUCAUCCUUCUGUGGAGCAGAUUGAUAUUUGCGAACUUGACGCAAUGGUUAUUGAGGUUACAGAGAAAUUCUUCCCAAUAGCAGUUGGAUACGAGGAUCCGGUGAAUGUACACAUAGGCAAUGGUGUUGAAUUCAUCAAGUCUAUCCUCAGCACAUAUGACGCCGAUUUGGAUGCAUUCCAGGAGAUGGGACCUAUUGCAGUAGAACUUGGGGAUAAACGCUUCCUGGGAUCAGUGGCAACGGCUCUUCGCCCUGGUGGAGUCAUGUCAUGCCCAGCAGAAGGUCCAUGGCAGAAAGAUUUCAACCUUGCACAUGCAGUGGCAAAUUGUCGCAAAGUUUUCAAAGGAUCUGUUAAUUAUGCUUGGACAACAGUUCCUGCAUAUGCCAGUGGGGUAAUUGGAUUCAUGCUUUGCUCCACUGAGGGGCCAGCAGUAGACUUCAAACACCCAAUCAAUCCUUUAAAUCCAGAACACCUUGGUGUAGCAGCAGGACCACCAAAGUUUUACAAUUCUGAGAUUCAUGCUGCAGCAUUCUGUCUCCCAUCUUUCACCAUUAAGAUGAUUGGUUCAAAAAUCUGAUCAGCUGCUUAUGGCUAUGGAAUUGAGAAGCAUUGAAUUUGACCAUUUGCCAUUUGCAGUUUCAUUUUAAUAAUUGAAUAUCUCAUGCACCCGAGUUAAACUUUGAACUGAGCCCUUUCAAGUUCUGAAAUGGAUUCAAAUGGGUGCACAAUUGUUCAAUUGUUCAUGAAUCUUAAAGCUCCAUUCUGGUUUCUUUUCCCCUCGCAAUUACUUCAUGGUUUGUCACGAAAUUGUUCCCAGAUAAAUCACAUCA